AUGUUAUUAAGCUGUCAUAUAAAGAUAAACCCUAGAGCACAGCCUCCUCUCUCUCCUUCUCUCUCUCGGCGACGACUAGGGGCAAGUCCUGAAAACUUCAUUGCCGAGCUUUUAAGACCGGUGGGCCUACUACUCCUCCCCAUCGGCCUCCUCCUGGUCAUUGUAUUCCUCUCCUCCGAUGCCGGCUCUGCCAUCUCCGGCCUCUUCUCCACCGGCAAACACAACUCCAUCCACCGUGUCAGCGGGUCACCCGUUGGAGUCGCCCUGUUUCUGGUUUUGAUCCUUUUUCUCCUUUACAAUCGGGUCUCCAUUUUCCGCGGCGACAAUGGAUCGGACGAGUAAUAUUGGUCGUGUUUAUUUCUGAUGGGUUUUUUUUUUUAUGAUCUCAUUUUCUCAUGUUUUCUUCUCUGUUUCUUAUAUUUAGUACAUACGUAUAUAGAGUAUCGAUAUCUGUUUCUUCUCUUCUCUGUUUGUUUGUUUU